AUGAACAAGUCCCAGUCCCCUCUGAAUGUAUCAGGACUGACAAAUAUCACAGCACUUAAGCAGGUAUUGGUAUCACUGGAGAAUGAGCUGGCAGACUAUGAACAGAAGACUGGCAGACAGCCUGCAGCAGAGAGAUUGUACACUGACACAUUCUCUGGGUACACAGUGGCCAUUGUAGAUGCAGUGACUAGACUGGUUAGAUAUCUUAAACAGACUGAAAUUCAACUAGCGGCAGAGAUGACAGUUAGAGAGCAGCUGUCACAAGAAGUGCAGCAUUUAAACCAGCUAGUUGAUGCAGUAACUUCAGACAUCAUCAGUACACAAGAGGAGAAUGUCAAAAUAAGAGAAGAAUUCGCCAAGUACAAGCAAAACACAGAUGAGCAGUUUACCUACCUUAAGAACAUGUAUUCAGAGAUGAACAAAAGACCCAUGAAUUUAUCAACUCCAUCAACUAUAAACAGUGGAAGGAGGAGGUCGGAAAAUAGACAGGAUUCCCCUUCAGUUGAUGAGCUAGCCAAUCAGAUGACAGAGGUUUUGAGCUCAGGUCCACAUCAGAAGAGACCCGCUCCUCCAGUGAUAUCUACAGCAGCAACCUCAGCAAGAGUGGAUUCUUAUGGAUAUAACAGUGCUAUGCCAGGGACUGGUAAUCUUCCCACCUGGUCCUCUGACAGCACCACAGCCCAUGUCAUUGUCCCGAGACCAGCGCCCCUAGUGACACUGGACCAGACUCAUGGACAUCAGCCACAACAGCAGCCUUUGCAGACAGUACAGUCAACAGUGCGUGGACCCAAUCCUUCACUUUCCCAGCAAAAUAUUUCAAUGCCAGAGUAUGCCUCACUUCCAGUCUCACAGCCUCAACAGUCCACACAGCAGUGGCAACCUCUGAAGGAAGUCACCAACACUCAGCACCUGCAGGCUGCAGUGACUGAGGAGUCCAGGGAAAAGCUAUUUAAGUCACAAAUUUUACAGAUAGCACAACAGGUUGCAGUACUGAAUGAACAGCACAGUCAAGCACAGGACAGACUCCAGCAGCUACAGAGGGGUCUUUCACCAACUGGCCAGCUACAAGAGAAUGGUCAAACAUUAGACAAGGCAACAGCUCAGGGACAACAGUCCAAUCUCCAGACAAUGAAACCAAAUGCUGGUCAUGGUGACAAAAUGGAGAAAGAAAAUCCAUCUUUGCAGAUACAGGAGUUAAAUAAACAGCUUAAAGAAGCACAACAGAAAAUGGCAGUUAUAUUGCAACAGCAGACAAGAGCAGCCGUAUCUCCUCCCAUAUCCCCUAUACCAACAGAGAGUGCUAGAAACACACUGCAAACACCUACCUACUCUGUGCAGCCUCAGCAGACAUUACAACCUGGUCAUAAAGGAAUAACUGUAGCAUUACCAAGGAUAGAAGAGCUGGAGAUAUCUGCCACAAGUACGCCUUCUCCAAAGUCAGUUGAAAGCAGACGCAGCGG